CCCAUAUGAAAGUAGAAAAAACAACUCGCGGCGACGCUAAAACGACGACAAAUUGUACAAUUUAAUUGACAAAUUUAAACUAAAAGUAGUGCGCGCAUUGGAGCAACAAAUUAGCCAGCUGAAGGCAAUACAACAUCACAAUUCACGACGCGCAAGAGCUGCCGAAAGGAAAACUAACAUGCAGCAGGCGAGUGCGGCACAAACAACUGCCAAUUCUGGCGGAGAUGCGCUCAUGCCGCUGAGAGCCUGCAACACCGCCGGCUGCAAGGUGGCCACCGUGGUGGACAAGACCAAGAGGAAGUGCUGCCAGUUUGUGUCCACCCCGUACAUACUGCCCAAGCCCCUGGUCGUCAACGGGCACACAUCGAUCUUUCAAGUCGGCGGCAAGAUGGCAAAAAUGUGCGAUAUUCCGUCCAUUUCCCAGGCCACCGGCGGCGAUGGAGGCCAGCCCAUCUAUCGCAUCAAGCCGGGCACCCAUGCUCACGUCAUCAACUAUGUGCUCAUCGACGAUUCGGAUUCGCUGGAAAAGUCGCGUUCCGGCGACCAGGAAGCCAUGCGCUUGCUGCUCGACUCGCAACGUGACAGUGCCGUGUCCAAGCUGCAGAAGCUGAUAGCCAACCAUCGGGGCACUGCACCAAUUAAUAAUCCUGUGUCAACGCCAACUAAUAAUCCUGUUUCAACGCCUACUCCCGCACGUCCCACUGUGGUACCAAGUGCAAGCCCAGCCAGUCGGCAUGUCACAACGCCCCAGAUUCAUCCCGACUUCUCCAUUGCCAGCGUAGAGGGUUCGGUGCCCUUCAGGCCAGCUAUUGUCCCACCAGCGGCUCCGCCAGUGACAGCAUCCACUGUACCCGUCCAUGUGGAUCGCCUGCAGGCAGAGCUUAUGGAGCUGCGACGCAAGGUGGCCCGACUGGAGGAGACCCCACGCCGCUAAACCAUCGACAUCAUUCCCCCUUCCCCAAAAACCAAAUACGCUUGAGCUGACGCGGUAGCGCCCUAGAUUUAAAUCAAUAAACUUAGCUGACGCAUUGUUAAUACAAAUAAAUAAUAAAUUAUGCAAUUCGUAAUGGUCGUUAAUGUA